AUGGCCGCAAGGGGCGGCGUGUCCUCGUCGUCGGCCUCGCCUUCUUCACCACCGUUGCGACGCCGGCCGUCCGUCCGCGCGUGCUGCGCGCGGGGCCUCGCUUCUGUCGGCCGUGUCCAUCCACGCGCCGCUCCUCGCCUGGCUUCACCUGUUGACCGCGGGCGACCUCUGCGUCCGCUCGUUGCCAACGCACAAGCCGUCGGCCUCCCGGUCUGCUGCCGCUCCCAAGUCCGCGUCCACAUCGCCUCGGCCGCCCGCGCUGCUCCGACUGCUCGCACCGGCUGUCUCAACCUGCUCCGCCCGUGGCCGGCUGCUCUGUUUCGCCUGCCGUUUCCACCUCCUUCACCCGUGGCCGGCUGUUGCUCUGCCUGCGCGCCCCAUCCCGGGUCGUCUGCCGACUCGCCGUUAGCUGGCCGCGCCGCCUCGUGCUGCUCCGGCCUCACGCCGCCGGCUACCGCCUCGUGCCUGGCCCCGCUCCUCCGCCUGGCCAGCGCCACGCCUGCGUCGUUGUGCCGCCUCCAUCCCGCGCGCACGGCCCCCCGUUUUGCUGCUCCGAGUGCCCGCUCCUCCGUGCCAUCUCGCCGCCUGGUGCAGGCCGGGUCCCGCGCGUCCUGGCCGGCUGCUGCGCGCCCGGGCCAGCACCUCCGCCCCGCACCGACUUCGCCCCCGCGCCGGCUGCCCAGCUCCCGGACGCCGACUGCUCCGCUCCGGCUCCCCACGGCCGCCUCCGCGCGCCGCCCGUUCUGGCCACCUGCAGGCUUCUCGCAGGCCGGCUCCCCCACAACCCGGCCCGCCGGCUUCGCCCACAACCCGGCCUGCCUGGCCGGCUGCCGGCUCUCACCAUUCGGCUGCCCGUGGCCAGCUGAAAAAGAAAAAGGGGGCGCGUGCAUCCGGCUGCCCAGGGCCGGCUGA